AUGUCAGCUAUCACAUAUGAGGCUCCAUGGCCUGUGUACGCACUAGCUUGGUCCAACUCGCACUCUUCGACAGACUCAAAUGGCGAACCAUCAAGACAACUCCCGCCCAAUGCACGACUAGCUGUUGGAAGUUUUCAAGAAGAAUACAAUAAUCGUCUUCAGGUCCUUGGCAUGCCGCAUAAUCUUGACGGAUCUUCAAGUAUGGAAGUCCUAGCAGAUGUUUUGCAUCCAUAUCCUGCCACGAAAAUUGGGUUCCAGCCUACGAAUGACCUACAGAGGACGGAAGCAGAGGAAAAAUCACAGGAUGUUGACUGGUCUGGUCAAGCCGACCUAACUGAAACCAGCCACAAUAUAUCCAGCACUUUUAGCACAGCGUCUAAUCCCGACGAUACCUCCGACUUGAUACAAGUGGACCCGUAUCCUGACAGUGAGCUGCUAGCUAGCUCAGCAGACUGUUUACAUGUGUGGGAGAUGGAAAGGAAUGAAGAUGUCUCUGACUUGUACGAUGCCAUGUCGCUGCGACCGAGCCUAUCGAGCAAGAAACGCACCUCCGGUCAUCGAUUCGUGCUUAGAGAGAAGUGCGCUCUCGCGCAUGCUAAAAGCUCUCUUUCACCUCCUGCACCUCUCACAUCCUUUUCCUGGAAUGCCCCCUCACCCAACCUUAUCGUGACGUCGUCCAUCGAUACUACAUGCACCAUUUGGGAUUUACCUUCACGGACCGCUCUCACUCAGCUUAUCGCGCAUGAUCGCGAAGUCUAUGAUGUGGAUUGGUGCCCUGGAAGUGCGGACGUAUUCGCUUCUGUAGGUGCCGAUGGAAGUGUCCGCGUCUUCGACCUACGAAAUUUGGAGCACUCUACUAUCAUUUAUGAAACAAACAUGCAGCCGCCCUCCUCAUCAGAUCGUCAAAACAGCGCAUAUACAUCUUCUUCUGGCAUGAACGUACCACUAUUACGGAUUGCUUUUAACCCAUGGGAUGCAAAUUAUCUUGCUACAUUUCAACUUGAGUCCAACACCGUGCAAAUUCUCGAUGUACGCGCGCCCGGCAGUCCUAUUCUCGAGCUGAGCGGGCACAGUGGCCCCGUUAACAGUGUGGCUUGGGGUCCACCCAGCCAGAGCACGUUGCGAAAUGGACCUAGUAAGGGCAUGAUAUGUACAGGAGGCGACGAUGCUCAGUGCCUCGUAUAUGAUCUGACUAGCUCAACUCUUCGAACAGCAUCUGCUCAAGGACGGCGCUCUCGAAACAGUCCAUAUAAACAAAGCCAUUCACCGGGAAUAGACGGAUGGCGUGUCGGCGCAGAAGUGCCGGUGCUCGCUUAUACGGCCCCGUCUAUGGUCAACAAUGCUAGCUGGCUCGGCAUGCCUGCGCCAUCAAAACGCACAUCGCUACAGAGCAAACACCGCAGCCUUUACCGCAGCUUACUCAGUGAGUGGACUGAGUAUACGUCCUCUACAUCCACAUCCAGCGGCACCGACUGGCUGGCUCUAUGUGCAGGUCAGGCGGUCAAGAUUUUGCGUGUGUAG